AUGCAUGUAUGCGUCUCUUCAACGAGGCAGGGGCAGCCGGCUGCGCACGAGCUUCCAGCUGGUCCGCCCGAGGGCGAGGGCGAGCUGGGGAUCGGAGCGUACUUUAUUCCUGCGCCAGAGUAUGCCGUCAUGACGUGGCCACAGAUCCAGCAGACAAUCACAAAUGGCGACCUCGACAAGCUGUACCGCCACAAGCAGUGCGAGGAGCGCUACUUGGAGUGGGCAAAGCCCAUUCGACAGAGGUAUGGUGGGCUGGAGACGUACAUUCGCCUCGUGAGGCUCCACUGGGCCGAGGCCGACGACGACGAAGACCGCGACGAGUCACAGCAGCAGCAGCAGCAGCAGCAGUCUCGCUUCUUUGAUGACGCAGUCGCCAAGGACGCCGACCUGGCCAAGUGCAUCCCAAACGACUGGCCCUAUGGCAUCCCCGGUGACUGCGGCCACUAUGUCGUCUGGUGCAAGCGGCCCAUCAUCCAUCCCGGCCUCUUUGAAACGGCCGACACUCCGUUUCCGCCCGGACCCGAGCGCGAGGCCCUCUAUGCGGCGAUUCUCUUUGACGGCAUUCGCGGCCUGACGGGCGCCCCGGACCCGCCGCCCAAGGUGCAGGGCUUCAAGACAAAAGAGGUGCUCCAGCGCACAAUGUCCGACGACGACGCAGAGGCCAUGGCCACCAGUGCCCACGCCUGGGCCGGGCGCUUCCUCCAAAGGUACGUCGAGCAGCGGUGGAGCCGAGAGCAGUGGGAGACGGCCUGGUUUUGCAAUCCGCCGCACCUGCGAACCGUGCCGGGCCUCAGUCAUUUCCAGUGA